UAUAUUGUGAGGGCGUUGAAGAACCGGGAAAGCGUUUGAUACCCGCCACUGACUCUGAGUCUACCGUUAUUCAUUUGCCAUUCUUCUCAUUUUCAUCCAUUCUUCUUUCCUUUCCUUUUCGGGUAUGCAUCCUACGCUUCUCUCUCUCUCUCUCACACACACACAUUCACAAUUGCAUUCUAUUUCCAACCUUUUCCUUCUCAUUUUCACCAUUCUUCGUUCCUUUUUAGCUUCUGAUCCUAAUUACCUCAUUUCCUUAGAAAACAGUUCCAUUCGCAGCUGUUUUCGUUUCUUCUAUUUUUAUACAAAUUAGGAUCACAUUGAAGGCACAAUCAAAUUGAGUUUCAUUUUAUUUGCUUCAAUUUAGUUUAACAUAGUAACAUUAUUAGGGUUUCAUUACCUUUGUUUUCAUUGUCAUUGGUUGCAAAUUUGCAAUCUGCAAGUUGCGCUUUUUGGUAUUUGUAUGUUUAGGUGAACAAGCAAUGGAUGUUGAUGCGAUUUUGGGGAGCAUUAGACCUGUGAAUGUUCCAAGGAAGAGUGCCGUUUAUGUGUGGGGAUACAACCAAUCGGGGCAGACAGGUAGAAAGGGGAAAGAGGAUCAGUUGAGGAUUCCCAAACAACUGCCUCCUGAGCUGUUUGGAUGUCCAGCUGGCACCAACACCCGCUGGUUGGAUGUCGCCUGUGGUCGGGAGCAUACUGCGGCGAUAGCCUCUGAUGGAUCACUUUUCACUUGGGGGGCUAAUGACUUCGGUCAAUUGGGUGAUGGAACUGAGGAGCGAAGGAAACAUCCAAAAAAAGUUAAGCAAUUAGAGUCAGAAUUUGUAAAAUCUGUAUCCUGUGGAGCACAUUGUUCUGCUUGCAUUGCUGAACCUCGUGAAAAUGAUGGUACAGUCUCCACUAGAAGGCUCUGGGUGUGGGGGCAAAAUCAGGGAUCGAAUCUUCCAAGGUUGUUCUGGGGGGCCUUCAAACCUAAUACAAUUAUUCAUGAAGUGUCUUGUGGAGCUGUCCACGUGGUUGCUUUGUCUGAGGAAGGUCUACUACAAGCUUGGGGCUACAAUGAAUAUGGUCAACUUGGUCGAGGUGUUACAUGUGAAGGACUACAGGGGGCUCGUAUUAUAAAUUCUUAUGCAAAAUUCCUUGACGAAGCCCCCGAGCUUGUGAAGAUUGCCAAAGUGUCAUGCGGGGAGUACCACACAGCAGCCAUUUCUGAUAAGGGCGAGGUUUACACAUGGGGGCUAGGAAAUAUGGGCCAGCUUGGGCAUUCUUCUCUCCAGUAUGGGGAUAAAGAGUUACUGCCAAGGAGGGUGGUUACCCUCGAUGGUGUUUUCAUAAAAGAUGUGGCAUGUGGUGGUGUACACACAUGUGCUGUAACUCAGGGAGGAGCACUGUAUGCCUGGGGUGGUGGUCAGUCUGGGCAGCUAGGGCUAGGCCCCCAAACUGGAUUAUUCUCGUGUGUCACUAAUGAUUCGCAGACAUUUUUCCGAAACAUUCCAGUUUUAGUUGUUCCUAAAGGCGUGCAACUUGUUGCAUGUGGACAUUCCCACACUCUUAUCUCUAUGAGUGAUGGUCGAAUUCAUGGAUGGGGUUACAAUAAUUAUGGUCAGGCGGCCAAUGAGAAAUGUACUUAUGCUUGGUAUCCAUCACCAGUUGACUGGUGUGUUGGGGAGGUUCGGAAACUAGCUGCUGGUGGUGGCCACUCAGCUGUGUUGACUGAUGCUUGUUCGUUAAAGGAGUUAUGUGAGUUCGUACUUGCAGAUAGUAUGACUUUUUCUAACGCUGCUAAGGUUGAGGAUAUUGCAUAUAGAACUGGAUCAGAUGCUUUAGCACGCCUUUGUGGAAGACUCAGAGAGUAUAUGCUUGCUGGUGGAGCUCUUGAACAAAAGGAAGAGAUAAACAGCAAAGUCUGACUGAGCAUAUAAAGUUAGUAGUAGUACUUGUGUAUAUUCAUGUAUGAUACAUGUAUUAUUCAUAACUGAAACGUCGUCAUUAUUUGAACAAAAGCAAUCAUUCGAUUGACAUAAAAGCAAGCAAUCACUUGCCUCCGUAGACAAUGAAUUUGUUCCAAUCGAAUCAGCAGAUCCCUAACUCAUUUAAGAAAUAUCCAAAACAUUCUCAAUGAACUCAUGAUUUAAGUGAGACUCUUUAGUUAUUUUGAUUGGCUACUUUUAUCUUGUGCAUAGCUUCUUGAUUUAAA